AUGGCAAAAAAAUCAAGUUCACCUACAGAGUCAUCUUCCCCAAAACAAAAAUCAAAAAGUAGCAAUAGUUCAAAAAGUAAAAAAACCGCUGCUGCUGCUGGUAGUGCUGAUAUUAGAUCAUUUUUUACAGCUGCUCCACCUCCAAAAAAACUUUCAUUUAGCGAUGAAGAAGAAGAAAAACCACAAGCUACUACUUUAAAGCCUUCAGACUCUAAAAAAGAUAAUAACAAAGAAAAUAAAGAUAAUAAUAUAAGUAAAAAUAAUGAUAGUAACGAUAAUAAUAGUAAUAAUAAUAAAAGUAAUAGAUUAUCAAAAUUAAAGAAAUUAAAAAAAGAAACAGAUAGCUCAAGCUCAGAAGAUAAUGAUGAUGAUUAUUUUAGUUUUAGCGAGGAAGAACCCUCAAAUAAAAAAAAUAAUAACAGAAGUAAAAACUCAACAUCUGACAAAUUAAAUAAUAACAAUGAUACUGAUACUAAAACUAAAUCGAUUGUUAAUGAAAAAACAACACCCGCUAAAUCAUCUUCAACACCAAUAAAAUCUAAAAAACCAGUUUCAAAAAAAAUUGAUUUAACAACUGAUGAAGAAACCGAGUCAUCAGAAAAUGAAAAAAAGAAAAGAAAAUCAUCAAAUAAAUCAUCAUCAUCAUCAUCAAAUAAAUCAUCAAAUUUAAAAAGAAAAGAAAAACCAGAAUCAUCAUCUGAAGAUGAAAAACAAGAAGAAAAGAAAAGGAAAAUUAAAACUCCAGAAAAAGCUACAACUCAGCCACAAACACCAACAAAGUCAACACCAACAAAGUCAACACCAACAAAGUCAACAACAACAACAAAAACACCAGAGAAAAAGGUUGAGGUUUCUGAUAGUAAACAAAAAACACCUGAAAAGAAAACAAGAGUUUUAGAUAAUGGUAUGGAGGUCGAUGAAGUUUAUUUAUCAAUUAAACCAAAAAAAGAUGAUAUCUUUGCAGAAAAUCAAGUUUCAGCUAUUCCAAAAAGAGCAUCAGCAAUAAAUAAAACCCCAGAAAAAGCACCACAAGUUUCAAAGGCACCAACUCCAAUUAAAUCUCCAUCCAAGGCCGCUCCAAAAGAUGAAGAAAUGCUUGAUACAGAAGAAGCAUCAGAUACAAAUAAAAAUGUUAGUUCAUUAACAACAAGUAAAUCACCAGCUAAAAAAAAUAAAUUUAAUGAUGAUGAUAUAUUUGGCUCACCAAAGCAAACUGAAAAUCAAAAAGCCACAACAUCAGCAACAACAACUGCAACAAAAAAAUCAGAUAAAUUUAAUGAUGACGACAUUUUUGGAGACUCACCUGCAAAAAAUAAACAAUCAGCUACACCAAUUAAAAAAACUCCAACAAAAACUGCAAAGAAAGAAAAAUUUGAUGACGAUGAUAUUUUUAAUUCACCACCAGAAUCCAAACAAAAACCAAAAUCAAAAACUAAUAGUAAAUUUAAUGAAGAUUCAAUUUUUGAUGAUGAAGAAACAGAUAGUGAAGAAAUGAAGGUUGAUAAGCCAGCACCGUUAUCUAAAAAACUUAAAAAAGCCAAAGAGGAAGAGUAUGCAGAUGAUAAUACCGAAAGUGAAGAAACUGAAAGUGAAGAGGAACAAGACAAGAAAUUCAAAAGUAAAUCAUCAUCCACACCAUCUAAAUCAGCAUCAUCUGUACCAUCUAAGCCAACAUCUGCCCCAUCUAAACCAACACCUACACCAGGAGCUAAAAGUGCAAAACAAAUGGCUUUUCUUAACUUCAAAUUUGGAACAAGAGAACCACCACCAAACAAAGGUAAAAAACCAUUACCAGUCGGUAAACAGAAUUGUUUAGCAAGAUAUACAUUCUUUAUAAGUGGCGUUUUGGACAGUUUAGAAAGAGACGAAGCUGAAAAUUUAAUUAAAAAGUAUGGUGGUAAUGUAGCUAAAUCUGCAGUUAAAAAACUUACACAUAUGAUUGUUGGUACUGGUGCGGGCGAACAGAAGCUUGAAAAGGCUAAAAAAAUUCGUGGGGUUGUUUUUAUAGAUGAAGAUGGUUUAUUUGAAAUGAUUUCAAAAACUGCACCACAACCAAUAAAAGAAGAGACAAAAGAAGAACAAGAAGAAAUGGUAUCAACUCCACCACUUUCUUCAUCUCCUCCAACAACAGCAGCAGCUUCAAAAGGUAUUGCAAAACCAACACUACCCAUUAAACCAUCAUUACCUCUUAAACCAAAUACAACCGCCACCACAACCACAACCACUUCAUCAGCCUCAUCAUUUAAACCAGCUUCAGGACUCCAAUAUGCAUAUACACCACCACCACAAACCAUUUCAAUGUCAUCAAUUGUAGUUCCACCUAAUAUCUCUUCAAUUCCAAAAGGUCAUGACCAAUUGUGGGUAGAAAAAUAUAAACCAAAAGAUUUGAAAGAUUUAAUUGGUAAUGGAUCAGUAUUUGAACAAUUAUCUUUAUUUUUAUCACAAUGGAAUCAAAAGCAACCUAAAGAUCCAAAUAAGAGAAAUGCUGUAUUAUUAUCAGGUCCACCAGGUAUUGGUAAAACAUCAGCAGCCAUUUUACUUUGCAAAUUGAAAGGAUUUGAACCAAUCGAACUCAAUGCAAGUGAUACUAGAAGCAAAUCUGAAAUUGAAAGAGUAUUAAAAGGUGCAUCAGAUAAUCAAAACAUUAGUAAUUUCUUUAGUGCCCAGCCAACAGAAAAAAAAAAGAUCAACGCAAUUAUUUUAGACGAGAUUGAUGGUUCUUCUGGUAAUAGCGAUCGUGGUGGUAUAGCUGAAAUUAUUCAAUUGAUUAAAAAAUCAAAAGUCCCAUUCAUUUGUAUUUGUAACGAUUAUUACAGUAACAAAAUCAAGUCAUUAAAGAACUACUGUAUGGAUUUACGUUUAAAGAGACCAACUGCUGCCCAAGUAACAACACGUAUUUUACAAAUCGCUAAACAUGAAGAUAUGAAAGUAACAAACUAUAUGGUCGAAAAGAUUUUCGUCUCUACCCAUUCAGAUAUUAGACAAACUAUAAACACUCUUCAAAUGUUAGCAAGAUCAAAGAAAAGCUAUGAUAACUUUACCAUCGAAAAAGCAAUUGAAUCUAAAGAUUUUGAUAUCACUCCAUUUAGUGCAGUCGAGCUUUUAUUCAAAACAUCUAAUGGUGACAUUAACACCCAAUUAGAAUAUUUCUUUUCAGAUUUCUCUUUGGUACCAUUAUUGGUUCAAGAGAAUUAUCUUAGUAUAACACCAUAUGGAACAGAUAGAAAUAAUCUUCCAAUUGAAAAGUAUUCUGAUGCUGCCGAUGCAAUUUGCGAUUCUGAUGAAAUUGGUAGAGCUGUUGGUAAGGAGAUGGCAUGGCAAUUAUUACCAUCCUAUGGUGUAGCAUCAUCUAUUCUUCCAGCAGGUUAUGUACGUGGUACCCCAAAUGUAAUGCCACUUCGUUUCCCAACUUAUUUAGGAAAAUAUAGCAAUGCAUCAAAACAACAACGUUUCGUUAAAGAUUUACAAUUACAUAUGCGUUCAACUAGUAACACAUUUUCAAAUCGUGACGAAACUCGUCUUUACUAUGUACCAAUGUUAAAACACUAUCUCAUUGAACCAUUGGUUGUAGAUGGUAAAGAAGGUAUUGAUAAAGUAAUCAACAUAAUGGAUGAAUACGGCUUAACUCAAGAUGAUAGAGACAGAAUUAUAGAGCUUUCAACAUGGGAUAAAGCAGACAUACUUUCUGGUAUUUCUGCACAACUUAAAACUUCAUUUACAAAGAAAUUUAAAGCUGGAUCUCAUGCAGUAUAUGACCACUCACUAUUGACUGUAACAAAAGGUUCUGGCGAUGUUAAUAUUGCUGAGGGCUAUGAAGAGGUUGAAGGUGAAGAAUCAAAACAAUUACUUGAUGAUGAAAAAGAUGAUAAUGAAGAUGAAGAUAUUACAAAAUCAAAAUUAAUUAAAAAAUCAUCAACAUCAUCAAAUACCAAAUCAAAACCAAAAGCAAAAUCAACUACAACAACAACAACAACAAAGUCAUCCAAAUCAAAAUCUAAAAAAUAAUCUUUUAAUAUAUAAAAAAAAACAUAAAUUUAAUUUAAUUAUUAAUUUAUAAAAUCUUUUUUUAAAAAAAAAUACAAAACAAAUAAAUAAAUAUUAUUAUUUAUUAUAUAUUUAAUUUAUUAUAAC